CACGGUGGUAGAAUCUCUGCGGCUUCUCGACACUUCUAUAGAUCGACUUUUUUCGGAAUUCCCUUUCUUUAUUCGUCAGCUUUGUGUUUGAAGAGGCCAAUCUCUCAUCUCCCUUCCAAACAAGUGACAACCCACGUCUACGCUCUCUCACCGGUGUUUGUCUCUGUCUUUUUAUCCUUUGUUUUGCUGUCUGGUUUUAAUUUUGAUGGAAAAUAAUGAUUCUUUUCCCAUUCUUGAUUGAAUUUUGCAGGAGUUUCGCUUGGCUGCUGCGCAAUUGAUCGACAAUGAGCCGUGGUAACCAGAGAGAGCGAGACCGGGAAAGGGCCCAAGCUAGGGCUGGCCACAAGCCUAAGAAUUCCAAAGACGAUGGAUUGACCCCUGAACAACGCCGUGACAGGGACGCAAAGGCUCUGCAGGAGAAGGCUGCGAGGAAAGCUGCCCAGGCUGCUGUGGGAGGAAACAACGCUGGCGGUGGAGGUAAAAACAAUAAGAAGUGAUGGGAAGAUUGUAAGGGAGGUGUUAGUUAGCCAUAUGGGGAUGUUUGUACUGGAUCAGAUAUGAGUUCCUGAUUGUUGAGAGUCAUGUUUAUGUCGUUCUGUAGUUGAAUAAACACGGGCAUUGAUAUUGACUUCUGAACCUCUGAUUUAUCUCUGAUUUGGAAUGGAAUACCUAUUUGUAA